AUUAUUUUAUUUAAACCUAAAAUUUUGAGUAAUUUUAUCCCAGUUUUGUAAUUGGUGCACAGACAACCAGUUAAUGGUUGUAAUCAUCAUGAACAAGAAACUAUGGGAAACCAAAAGCAAAUUUACAUGCUUUCAUUCCUAAGACCAAAGCGUUCCCGUCAUCUCUCAGUUCAUUUGGUUGACUCUGGACUCGGGUCAAACCCUGCUCUGAAGAGCAUGGAAUGGGAAAUCUGGUGCGGAGCUGGCCAAUGAGGACUAUGUUGUCGCUGCAGGACUCUGGAGUCCUCCUCAAGUUUGGAACCCACCAGGACCUGCUCCUUUCUGGGAGGCAACACGGUCUGGAGGCUGUCAGAGACAGGCAAGGGAAGAAAAAAUCAGUACAACCCGUCUCUAGGAAGGAGUGAUUGGUCUGAUCUUCAGUGGUGUGAGAAGACCUAUUUUGAUCCAAACCAGGGUCUUAGGCUGGGUUAUUUCCAACCCAGGUCAAACAGUUGAUCAUAAGAUGUUUUUUUGGCUUAUGUGCUAUCUUGUGGAUGUGUGGCUGAUUUCUGCCUCAGAUGGAUGAAAGGGAAGGAAACACUUGCCUUAAGCGUGGGCUCAAGAAUUUUGAACAACGCUUAACAGAAGAGAAUGAUGAACAUGCUAUUGUGGGCCACUGUCCUGACCCCUUGCUGGUAACUGAUGAAUUCAGUUCCUUGGAGCCUGUGAACGUGAAUGACACUUUCAUGUUUAAAUGCAAUGAGCAUUGCAUCCUCAAGGGCAGCAAUUGGAGCCAGUGCCGAGAAAACCACAUCUGGGUGACUCACUCUCCUGUCUGCAAAAGCAGAGACUGUGGCCCUCCUGAGACUCCAACUCAUGGCUAUUUUGAAGGAAGAGAUUUUAAGUCAGGAUCUACCAUCACUUAUUACUGUGAAGCAAGGUACCGCCUGGUGGGCACACAGCACCAACAGUGCAUUGAUGGGGAGUGGACCAGUGCCCCUCCCAUCUGUGAGUUGAUCCAAGAAGCUCCCAAACCUGCCGAGUUAGCGUUGGAGAAGGCACUUCUUGCCUUUCAGGAGAGUAAGGAACUUUGCAAAGCCAUAAAGAAAUUUACACAAAGAUUAAAGAAAAGUGACUUGACAAUGGAGAAAGUAAAAUAUUUUCUGGAAAGAAAGAAGGCUAAAUUGAAGGCAAAAAUGUUGCCCUUGAGCAGACUGGGUAAUAGAAAUACUCCCAUGAAUAAAAUUUUCUCUUGGUUCUGAA